AUGUCUACGGAACCAGUUGUCUAUAGCCUGCGGAGACCAAAUUCGGAUAAAUCAUGGGGAUUUGUGCUACAGGGUGGAGCCGAUCAAGGACUACCUGUUUUUGUUCACAAGAUUACCAGGAAUGGAAUUGCGCAUAAAAGCGGGCUCGAACCUGGUGAUGUUAUUGUGAAGAUCUGCAAGACACAACUUUCGGGCAUGUCAAAUGGCCAGGUGAAGGCGGAACUUCUUCGAGCUGGAAACGACCUGGACUUCACCGUCCUGAAACACGCAUUCAAUGUUGGCAACUACAACGCCAGCAUGCAGCAAAUGAACGCGGCUGCGGGUGGCACGGGCCCCGGUGGUCCGGAAGAAAGAUCAGAAAUUGUUGAGGAGCACCUCUGGCGUCACGGAGGCCCACUCUUCAAGAACGUCCAGCCAAAGUCCUACAAGAUACUGGAGCAGCAGCUCCCACAGUCGGCGAUGGGAGGUGAAUGCAAGUUCCCCCAUUUUACCUCGCAAUGCCCCUGUCUAUACAUACAGUAG